CAAAACAUUAAGAAUAAAAUGCAUAUGUUUACGGCUGUGAAAUAAGAGCCGAUAGAAAGAACGAUAUAUUAGAAAUUUGAUUUCAGAAACUGUGUUUAUAACAAAUCCCAUCUUUGGAUCAUAUAUUUAGUAAGAGGUCGGCAGCUAACAUGCAAGCAAAGAGCGUGAAGAGAUUGUAGGACAAAGGGAAGAGAACAUGCCUUUCUUACAUGGAUUCAGGAGGAUAGUGUAUGAGUACCAGCCCCUGGUGGAUUCAGUGAUGUGUGUCCUGGGAACAGAGGAAGGAGAAAACCCCCAGCACAGGCAAGAUGGUGAAGAAAGCAUCUGUAGGGCUCUUGUGGAGCUUCUGGAUAAAGAGUCGCAGUCUUCACUCUUCAUGGAGGGAAUCAGCUACUCCCUGUUUAAAGUGGCUGAACUUGGGUUGGUCAGUGCAGCACAGGUGCUCUUGCAUUACGGGGCUGACCUAAACUUUGAAGACCCUGUAUCGUACUACAACCCCUUGCACAUUGCAGUGUUGAGGAACAAACCAGACAUGGUUCAGAUGCUGAUAGAUAAGGGAGCUGGAAUUGACAAGAGAGACAGGAUUCAUGAAAGCAGUCCUCUUGACUUGGCCAGCGAGGAGGCAGACAGGCUGCCAUGUCUGCGUGUUCUUCUAGACUUGGGUGCUGAUGUAAAUGCAAAAGAUAAGAAUGGAAAAACUGCCUUGCUCCAUGGUCUGGCCAGCAGUGAUGGACUCACAGUCAACAAUGCUGACAAUAUACAGCUGCUUCUAGAAAGAGGUGCCGAUGUCAACGCCACCACACAUGAUGGCGAGUCCCCCGUCUCCUCGCUAACCUUUCUGGUGAAGGAAGCUCUAGACAGCAGUGCAGAGGAUGCAAAAGAGAUCGGCCGGUUCUGUACCCGCGUAACUCACCUUCUUAUCAGCCACAGCGCCGACCCCAGCUGCUGCUUGAACGCUACUGACGGAGAGGUGUGGGAACCCUCGUUAAUCUACACCAGCCUGGAGCAUUUUGACAUGUUUUUUCCCCUAGCAGCCAUUCUACUCCAGCACGGAGCUUCAUUCUUUUGCUCUCACCACAUAGCCUCCUACUGGACAGGUCAACAACUGAUAUUCUCACGUCUUGCAGAAGCUCUCCGUGAACCUCUAGAUGCUACAGAAGUGGAUGAACUCAUGGCUAAAGCUGAAGUGCUGUUGGAUCUGGCCACGAUCUACUCUCCAGUCAUGCCUCCCCUCUUCCCUCGGUCUGAGCUGCCCGUGCUGGAACAGGUCUCCGCUGCUCAGCUACUGCUGGAGCUCUACAACAAACUAGAGGACCAAGUUAGCCGGCCACUAGCAUUGAAGUGCCUUUGCAGGAGACUAUUCCACCGCUGUCUGCAGCCCUGGCCCUAUGAGGAGAAGGUGAAAGCCCUGCCCCUGCCAGACAGGCUGAAGGAUCUGCUGCUCCCAGAGCUAAGCUGGAGGAACAGACCCGGCUGGGACAGCUUUAAACUCCUCCGUACACUGCACUGAGAGACAAACAGUCAUGUGUAAGUGUGGUUGUAAAUAUCGAUCCCUUGAUGACUACUACAUUCAUUAACACCUGGAUCAAAUAAAACGGAUAAAGAAUACAAUAACUCAGUGCCUGCUUAAUCUGAUCAACAUACAGAACAAACAGAUGUGAUCUGGCUCUGUGUGUGGUGCACCAGAACUUAACAAAGAGAGAAUGCUCGCAUGGGACAAAUUUAAGGAAUAUUCUGGGUUCAAUACAAGUUGAACUCAAUUGACAGCCUUUGCGGCAUAAUGCUGAUUACCACAAAAAAUCAGUUAGACUUGUCCCUCCUUUUCUUUAUAAAAAGCAAAAAUCAAGGUUACAGUGAGGCACAUACAAUGGAAGUUAAUGGGGGCCAAUUUUUGGAGGAUUUAAAGGCAGAAAUGUGAAGCUUAUUUUAUUUUCACUUGCAUUAGUUUUUUCUGUUAAAACUUGUGUAAUAUUUAAGGUAAGUUUAAAUAAUUGUUUUAGUGGCUGACUACUAAGUAACAGUGAUUAUAGGGUUUACGCUGUUAUGUUGUCAUGGCAACGAAGUUGAAAAAUUGGAUAUAGCUUUACACAGAAAAGGUUAGUCAUUUUAUCACACAAAAAUCAUGUCAACACAUUGUUUAGAUCUUGUAACAAUAAUUUUGAAACAUUAUUUUAACGUUUAAGAAUUGGCCCCAUUCACUUCGACUCUAUGUGUCCCAGUUUCAAUUUAUUUAUUUUUUAGAAAAGGGAUGAGUUGAAAAUAUAUAUUUUUUAUGGUAAUCAACAUAAUGCCACAAAUGCUGUUGAUUGAGCUUAACUUGUGUUGAACACAGAUUAUUCCUUUAAAUAAAAAAUGCUCAUGGAAACAAUGUAACUUGGUGUUCAUUGUGCCAAAGUGCCCCUAACUGCAAUUUACUUCAUCUUGUCAGUUCAUUAUUUUCUGUUUUGUAGUUCGUAGUUUAAAAAUCUUUUUAGGGGUAGUUCGCCCAAAAUAGUUCUCUCAUCAUUUACUCACCCUCAGGCCGUCUCAAACUCAUAUGACUAUUUUUCUUCUACGGAACUCAAAGAUGCUUUGAAGGAUGUAUGAUAUGUUUUUGCCAAUACAAUGUAAGUCAGUGGGGUCCAAAACUUUCAAGCUUCUAAAAGGACAUAAAUGCAGCAUAAAGGUAAUCCAUGCAACUCAAGUGGUUUAAUCCAUGUCUUCUGAAGCGACAUGAUCACUUUGGGUGAGAAACAGACCAAAAUUUGAGUCCUUAUUCACUAUAAAUCUUGACAUCUGCGGUCUCCUCUGCACAUUCAUGAGAGAAGCUUGUUCACACACUUCCACCUACGAACCAGACACAGUGUCGCCAGGCUCACUGAUGUCUACAUUUAUAGUGAAUAAGGAUUUAAAUGUUGGUGUGUUUCUUUCCCAAAGUGAUUGUAUCGCUUCAGAAGACAUGGAUUAAACCACUCGAGUUGUAUGGAUUAUUUAUAUGCUGCCUUUUGUCUUUUUUUUGGAGCUUAAAUUGCAUGGACAAAAACACAUCAUAUAUCCUUCAAAAUAUCUUCGCUGUGUUCUACAGAAGCCAAGGUCGUGUGAAAAAACUGUCAAUUAUGAGAGAAUUAUUAUUUUGUGUUUGUUUAACUGUGCCUUUAAUUGUUUACAGUUGAAUCUUUAAUAUCUUGUACAGCACCACUGCCAAAUGUGAUCUUAUUACUUGUGUGCUGUUUAAUUUAUUUUGAUUGUGAUUUGUGAGUUGCUGUCUGUAAACAGUCUCCAGUUUUGGCAUUAUCGGUGAAUCGUGUAAAAUGAUAAAUUAUGCCUUAACAAGACAGCCAACUUUGUGUUGAGGAUAUGAAAGAGAAGUUUGCUCCUCUUCUAUUGUACAGUGUCUUGAAGUUGUGUGGCCUUGUAAAUAAUCAAGUAUCAUUCAUAUCCUUUCAUAUGUCUGUUUUACAUUUUAUGAGACAUCUGCUGAAUGUCUCAUGGACAUCUGAGACAUACUUAUUGACAUGUCUUGUUGAUGUAUUGCAGAUGAGCAAACUUGAAAAAAAGACAUCUUCCUGAUGUAAAUAUACACAUCAAAUAGACAUGUUGAUGUACAUGUGCUUUCAAGGAAUUGUUACAAAAUGUGAGGUAUCUACCCACCCAAAAUGGAAUUAACUACCAUUGGUUUCAUGCUGGUCACACACAAAUAUACAUUCUGAGAUGAAAAUAAAUAAAAUGUUGUUGACUUUUAAGUGCAAAUAGUCAAUGAAUCAGAUUGCAGAACAAUCCUAGCAGGACAGUGGCUGCAGUGGCCAUCAAAUCCAGCACUCCCUGGUACUGGUCCAAAGGAAGGGUUCUUCCCAAUUUGAACCUUGUCAAGUGUAGGAGAACACAAAUUUGGUAAAGAAAUUAAAGGGAAUAAAAAUAAAACAGAAUUAGGA